AUGGUGAAGUUGGAAAGCUCUUGUGACAAGUAUCCUCGCGUUCUUGAGCGGAUUCUCUCGGAUGCAGAUGUUGAGCACUUCAAGCACCUCUUCGCAGAGCUUACUGAAAAGGAGUGGCUGCAGCGAGAAGCCCAGGCCAAGGCUGCGGGAACCCAGGCUCCGCCCAGGCGGCUCACGUACUUCAGCUUGAUGAAGCGUCUGCAGAGCACGCCGCGAGAUGAGCGACUGGUGGCAAUCCUGGAGAAGAUCUGCAAGCGGGUGGAUUCCGUCUUUGGGCCUGGCUUUGUGAUUGCCCAGGACUUUUGGUCCUGGCGCGCACCCGAUGCUGUAGCCGCUGAGCGCGUCCACAUGGACGCAGACUUCUGGAUGACGGGCGCCACUGACGGUUUCAACCUAUGGUUUCUGUUGGACCACAAGGACAUGGCGCACAGCUUCGACAUCUAUACUAAGGAAGAGAAUCCGGAGUUGUACAAAAGCGUGCAGCUCCCACAUCGGCCUACUUCACUCAUCCCUCUCCAAGGCAUGAAGAAUCCUGGCUCAUCGCCGUGCUUCCUUUACUGGGAACCUCUGAGGUUUUGGCCCGUGCUCUUCGAGGGAUCGAGCGCGCUGGCGCGUGAUUUCGGGAUGGUUUUCUCUAUCUUGUCGACUUGGUGGCUCCAGAAGGCGCUGGUCUGUGCCAGGGCAGCUCAUCGGCGGCUCCCGUUCUCGGUGUUUCGAGUACUCAUGGCCCUCACAGGCUGGUUGGGAAACCUCGCGCUGUUGCCUCGUGGCAUCGAGCUCCGAACAAGGAAGUUCCCUAUGAGCGUUGGCGAUGCACUGGUGGUGCGCCAGGACGAGCUUCAUGUCUCGGACCAGGACAGGCUGGAGGAUGGCCAGUUCCGUUUGGCAGUGGGAUUGAAGUUCAUGAACCAACACCACAAGGUAUGGAAGUACCCCUUCCUUGGCCCAGCGGGCAAAAGUCGCAGGCAAUACCCUGCGCUGCGCCUACCUUGGGGCAGGUCCUUGAAAGAUGUUUACCGCCAGCACGGCUUGGACAUGAGCACGUACCCUGAGUCCUGGCUACGGGGGCUCUUCGCGUCGUUUUCCUUUCGCCAGGCGUAG